UAAAUUUGCAGCCCGUUUACAGAGAAAGUGGCGAGCAAUUACAAACAAACAACAAUUAAUAAUUGCCUCUCCACUCUUGCAUCACAAAAAAUUUCUACGAAGGACUGGGAUCCCAUUCUUGUGUACUUGUGUUCAUCGAAACUACCAAGUGAGACACUUUCCCUGUGGGAGCAAUCCCUCAGCUCUCGGAAAGAGUUGCCACUAUGGUCAGAGAUGAACAAAUUCCUCACUUGCAGGUACGAAGUGGUUGAACGGCUUGGUACGUAUCGACCGACUAAACCCAAACCACAGUUUACCCCCUUCAACCCUAGAGCUGGCAGUCACAGCUCCACAUUUAUUAAUAAAAAUCGCACCCAAAGCUUCCACGUAGAUUCCGCGAAACCAGUUUCAUGCAAGCUGUGCAACUCCAAUCACGCAAUGAAACUUUGCGUUAGAUUCAAGAAUCUCUCUGUACCUGAUCGUCUCAAAUUCGUACGUGAGCACAAGUAUUGUGAAAACUGCCUCUCUUGUUCACACUUAAAAGGUCAAUGUCAGAGCAAAUUUACCUGUGUAUACUGCCAACAACGUCAUCACUCAUUACUCCAUUUUCAAGCAAACCAGCAAAACUCGAAACCCAACCCAAAACCCCAAUCAUCGACGACGCAGGCAACAACCACAGUGGAAAUAGCAGACGACAUGCCCUCCACGUCAACAGGGAAUCAUAACUCGAAACAUAAAUAAAUUGUGUGUGCUUCCCCCUGCCUAACGUUAGGAUACUCACCAAACCCGAUACAAUACUCUAAUUACCUUUAUGCUACCUAUCCUACCCAACUCCCAUUGGUCUACCCUUAGAAUAUAUAUCCCAUGCGUAUAUGUACUUCUACUCAUUACAAAGCCUCACAAUAUACGCUGACCCAGUACUAAAGUCUCUCCUCAAUCCGUAUAUUUACAGGUCACGAAAGGAUUCCCCCAAGUGCCGACUGUGUGGCCGACUCCACCCGCUGCGCUUGUGUACCGCUUUCCGCGCUAUGGAUGCCCACGACCGCUAUGAGUGUGCACGCUUGCACAAAUAUUGUGUGAACUGUUUGGCGACUUCACACUCCACCGGAGCCUGCGAUUCCGAGGACAGCUGCCAUCGAUGUGGCUUAGGGCACCACACCCUACUCCAUCGAGAGAAGCGGGACACCACGCGCCAGAAGAAGGGAAGUGUUAGGGCCGAGCUACACAGCCGUUCUGCUCAGCAACGGGCUCGGAGGUUGCGGCGACUGAUUGCUGAAGCCCGAAACAUCAUGGACAAACUCGAAAGGGAGCUGCUGCACUUGGCACCGAGGCAGGCGGGGCGCCAUGUUGGAGACAUGAGCCCUUAACUUACCAUUAAUUCGUGUCCAUUUUUUAUUUCAUCUGGCCAGGCGGGCACCAGAGUAGUUGGCAACGAGCGCCUUGCCUUAUCCGCCCACCACCGAGUUGGUAAUUUUUAAUUGCUCAACAGCCGCCCAAGCGACAACAUCACCAAAUCAAAUUAGCCUAAACUCGUGCAUCUCCAUAUAUAUCAAUUAAACUCUAACGUGUAAUCACAUUAAACGAAUAAACCUGGAUUUAUAUUUGAAUUUGUACUAAACAAAUCCCUUAAUAUUUUUCUUUGUGCGCUCUGCACAGUCGGACUCAAACCCAAACA